UUCGUUUACACCAAUCGUUCGUCAUAUGUGUCAGAAGAGGACAUAAAACGUGUGACUAAUAUUCGGGUAGUCUUGAUAUUCCACAAACGUUUUGUAAAGAAACAUCGCGAAAACAAAGAAGGAAACUAUAUUUAAACUUCGUAAUGACAAGACUUCAUGACUAAAAACUGUUGUAAAAGUGUAACUUCCAUUGUCAUUUACAGUGGAUGUAUGUGGUAGUGUAAAUUUCAGUGGCGGAAGACCGAUUUUGGUUUUAAAAUGACCUUACUGAGCCUACCAGUACUUGUUAUUGAAAAUAUAUUCUCUUAUUUAUCUUACGAUGAAAUAGCUAAAAACAGAUUGGUAUCGAGAGCAUUCAACGAAAUAUGUAUGCGUCUAUUGAACAGAGGAUUCCUUGUGAUUGAAAGACGUCAUGCUUUAGCGCUGAAGAGUGUGAAAGCUCAACUGCCGAGAAGAGAGUCAGAACGGAGAUAUCACCCGCUGGCCCGUCAUUGCGACAUACUGACGUCAAUCGAGACUCGCAUAUCGAUGUUAAACAUGACGUACUCGAAAUUCAUCGACAUUGGCAUAUGUUGCUUUAUACCGGGACGGGUGAUAGAUGAAAUAAAACGCGUGUUAUCCAUAGUCGAGGGUCCGCAGACACCGCCGCGUGUUCAUGAAGUGUUACAGGAGCUGAGAGAUAUAUCGAGCAUGGCGAUAGAACAUUUCGAUGAUAAAAUAUCACCGGCCUUCAGGAAGCGGCUGCAGGAGGGUGUGACGUCACCAGCGCCGAGACCUGUACAGGGUGUAAUGUCACCACUGGUUCUUCGCCAGGAGUUAGUUCAUCUCCGCCGCCGCUCCAUCCUCAACGCGAAGCUCUCCCUGUUCCUCGCUUCACAGUACAAGAAUUUCCACAAGCGGAUGUUUGAGUACAAAAAGAUAGCCUGGAGACAACGAAGGACUAUCAGAGAACUUUCUAGAAGACAAAGAGACCAAGACGGCGCUAUAGCGGAACUCAAAAAACGCAUUGAAGAAUGUGACAUUAAAUACAGUGAACUGACGCACACCAACCAAGCUGUGGGCGGGAAGGUUAUAGCAGCGACGUCGUGUGAGCGCGCUUCGUCGCAGCCGCUCCGCCACUUCGGCAGCCAGAUCAAGCUAGACCUCUCCGUGCUACCGAUAGGCACGUCCAAGAGGAAUCAGAAUAAACUGUUGCCAAACAUGAAGCCACGGAAGCCGGUGAUAAAAUUCCCGAGUAUGUCUGAAGAUACGGAGACGGAAUCUAUCCCGGGACCGUCGAGUCCCAAAACAAAGACACAAUCAACACUCGCCAAAAUACGCGGGAUCGCUAACGAGAUACGCCACCUCUCGAACCUAUCCAAGAAUUUCGACAGCAAGUUAAAGCGCCCUCUGUCGGACUCGGAGGAAGCCGAGGCGAAGAAAAUGAAAAUGGACUGACGUUAGAGAAAAUUAAAUGGAUUGAUUAAUUUUAAAAUAAUGCUCACAAGUUGUUUGUUCGUUUGUAUUUUGUUGACGGCAAUUGUUCAUGGCCGAAUGUCUUACUUCACGUUAAGUAUUAAUAGUUGUCCGAUGUGUUCAUUCUGUGUUAGUCUGGGGCGGCCUCGGAGGGGCGGAGGAGUGGGAGUUAAUCAAUACAGUACAGUUGGUGACCACAGCGGAAUCUGUUUGUAAUGACAGCCAAAGGAACUUACAGAGCAACAUAAAGCGCUUUGUGAAUUAUUUCUCAUGUACAUGCAUAUGUACGUAUAUAUUUUAUUAGUGAAGCAUAUACUAAUUGACAUAUAUUUUUAAUAUUUAUGCCAGUAUUCAGUACUUUUUGUAUUUGAAAUUCAUCGAGAUCAUAAAAAGACCUUAUUUAAUUCCUUUGCAAGAGAUAAGUUUUAUUCAACAUUCUAAAGUGCGUGUAUUUUAUAACAAUAAACAAAAACACAAUUUUUCUUAAAUGCUUUGUAGCAUAGAUAUUUUUUUUUUGUCUUUUUUUUUCAAAAAUUACUUAAAAACUAACUGAGAUUCAAAACAAAAAUGAGUCGAUGAAAUUAAAAAAAAUUAUGAGAAAUUUAAAGCAUGUUGACCACAAUAAGCGAAAUAAAUUAAAUAAGCGCGGUCGUUACAUCCGGCUAUCACAAAGCGUUUUAUAUGGAAAAAAAAAACAAUAGGUAAUUACGUCAUAACCGGUUGGUCAAGAUAAGCGGAUUCUGCUAUAUACUAAAAAUAAAAUAACUGUUCUGAGUAACAAUUUUUUUUGUAAUUAAAAUCUCGUAAGUCUACUUUGGGGCUGUCAGUUAUGUUUGGUGUUGAUACGAAGUGAAUUUCUUUGAUCUCGUUUGGCGUGAGGUUUUUAUAAUUGAAUUGUAUCAAAGAAAUUUCGCAAUAUGAGGCAGAUUUAUAGUUAAUUGUAAAGCUUUGUAAAGGGCUGUUGAAGUGAUCGCACCUAACUCGAGUUCUUCCUGAAUAUUUGCAAUAAUUGAUGUGUAAAUCUUACAUAUUUUAUAAAGCAUAUUUAAAUUUAUCCGCCUACAGAUAAAGAGUUAACUAUGUC